GUUAUGGUGGUUUGCGGUUGUCAGCGUACUUUUAUGGAUGUUGCAAUUUUUGUGAAAUUCUUCUUUUUUUGUAAAAUACUUUUGUGAAUUAAAUACUUUCGUGAAUUACAAUUGUGAAAAAUAAAUUUAAAAAAAAAAUAUUUUGUCUUUCUUUUAACAGUAGGGUUUAACUACAGAAUGGAUGAAGAUCAAUUGAAAAAACGUGUAACACAAUUGGUAUCGAACGUCAGAAAAAAAAAUUUCUUGCUUUUCGAAAAGUUAGAAAAAAUAAUAAAUUUUCAAGUAGUUCGGACGACUCCUUAUUUGAUAAUGACAAUCGUGAAAAUAAUGCACAAUUAGAAGAAAAUCGAGUAGGCGAUCAUUCCCAAGAAAGUAAUGAACAAAGUCAACCUGAGCCUACUCUACCUUCAAUACCAACAGAUGAUAGUAUUGAAGCAAAUUCUUCAAACCACUUUUUUGAAGAAGAAAAGGAUUCCUUAUCUACUGAAGCACAUCCAUCAAAUGAUGACGAAGUUGAAACCAUUAAUACAUCAGACGAUAGUUUAUCGUCUGACGAAAUUAAUGAAAAUCAAGAAAUGUCAACGAGUUUUGACUCAGAAUGGAGCGAAGAAAGCGUAAGAUCAAAUAUUUUACAAGUGCGAGAAAUAGAGGAGUUGCGGUGCUGGGCAGUUGACGGCAAUAUUAACUUGGAGCAAGUUGAUAAAUUGUUACAAAUAUUAAGGCGAAGAGUAUUGCCCGAUCUUCCAAAGUUUUUUUUUUUUUUUUCUAUAAUCAAAGGUCUUGUACGAUGCAUCGAUCCAAAAACUUAUCCACUAGAAGUUAUUGAAAUAAUUGUAAACGCCGAUGGAAUUCCAUUAACUAAAUCUGGAGUCAAAGAAAUGCGGUCCUUAGCUGCAAAAGUACAUUUUGAUCCAGAUGUAUACUCAGCAUUUCGUGUCGCCAUAUUUUAUGGAAAUGGAAAGGCGGAGAGUGUAGAUGGCUUUUUAAAUAAUUUUAUCGAUGAACUCAAAUUUUUACAAGAAAAUGGAAUUCAAAUUGCUAAUCGACUCUUCAAAGUUCGUUUGAAAUGUUUUGUGUGUGACAGUCCGGCAAGAGCAUUUUCAAAAUGUACCGUAGGCCAUAACGCUCGAAAUGCCUGCGAAAGGUGUACCGUCACAGGAAAAAAAGUCAAUUUUACUACGGUUUACUCUUCUAUAAAUUCUCAAGAAAGAACCGAUAUGUCCUUUAGAACCAUGCGUCAAAGAGAUCAUCACCAUGGCCCAUCACCAUUGUUUCAUGUAGAACCCCGUUUAAAUUUAGUGUUUUGUUUUGUCCUCGACUUUAUGCACCUUUGCCUCUUAGGGGUUAUGAAACGUCUUAUUGAUUAUUUGAUGAGUGGAAACCUAAAUUUUUAUUAGGAAAGUUAAGAAAAAAUUUACUGAACAAUCGCUUAGAAAAUUUGAAACAAUUUAUUCCUGUAGAAUUUCAAAGAAAAAGCAGAUCGAUAAAAUUUUAUGUGAGAUGGAAAGCGAGAGAAUUUAGGUUUUUUCUCCUGUACUCUGGACCAGUCAUUCUUAAAAAAAUUUUACCGGCUAAUUUUUAUAACCACUUCCUUCUUUUUUAUGUUGCCUGUAGGAUCUUCCCACGUGAAAAUGUUCCCGAGAAAAUUCCCUGGAAUUUCCCGGGAGUUGAUUCCCGGGAAUUUCUUAGAAAAAAGUCCCACAAAUUUUUUAACAAUUUCGGGAAACAUUGCAGGUGUCGCGGAAGCAAUAUUAUCUUGAUUAGGGCGUAAACAUUUUUGAUGAAAAAGGGGGGAACAAUUUUUUUACUUAAUUUAAGAAAUACAUAAAUGUACAAUAAAUAUUUGAUUUUUUUAAAGUGCGUUGUGUUUGUUUGU